AGGGCGUCAGUGCAUCGGCCCCGGAGCUCCCCUGGACGAGCGACGAGAAGCGAAACACACGCGAAAGACACGCGAACGGAACCGACGACGCGCGGAGAAAAGCGUCAAAACAAACGAUUACAAAAGCCGCGUCUGGAACUUUAUCCUCGGACAUUUUUUUUUCUUUCCUCGGACCUCGGAGGAUUUUUAUUUUUUUUUCCUUGCAUCAUGCUGUGCCCCCGGUUCCACUCGCCCCUCGCGGACCCCCUGUGGCCGCUCGCCCGCAGCCUCUGGCCCGAGACGCGCCCGCUCUUCUACAACAUGGAGCAAGACGUGCUGCGCCACCUAGAGGAAAUGCGUCACAACAUGGAGUACAUGGAGCGACUGCACCAGCGCAUCUUCGAGCAGAUCGACCACGCGCUCCCGUCCUCCUCUGGCGCCACCUUCAGGCCCGUCGCCGUGGAGAAUCUGGCCAAAGACAACGACAGCGCCUUCGCCCUGAGCCUGGACACGUCGGAUUUCUCUCCGGAAGAGCUGUCAGUCAAACAGGUCGGCCGCAAACUCCGAGUGAGCGGGAAAACUGAGAAGAAGCAGGACGACGGGAAGGGCUCCUACUCGUACAGGUGUCAGGAGUUCCGGCAGGAGUUCGACCUUCCUCAGGGUGUGAACCCGGAGUCCGUGAGCUGUUCUCUGGUCGGGGGUCGUCUUCAGAUCACGGCGCCGCAGAACAAAGCGCUGGAGGGAGGCAAAGAGCGCGUGGUCCCCAUCACCCUCACCUCCAAACCGGCGCUCACCACAGACGGGGCCGGCGCAGAGCAGACGCAGGGCGACGCCGACAAGAAAAACUAACCAACCCCAAACACCCGAAGACCCGAGACAAUAACUGGACGACAGGAGAACAACCGCGAAGCUCCUGCAUCACACAACACUGACUCUUGUGAGCUUUAACCCGUGUUCUAAUGUUGUUACCUCAUCAAAAACAGACCUGGACUCAUGUUUUGCUUCAUUCACACGUUUGAAAUUUGCCGUUUUGAAGCACCGAACACUAAAAUGUGCAAGGUGAGGUGUCUUCGAUGUUUUCUUUUAGCUGUUUUCUUUCCGUUCCUUCCUACAAGACAAAAUACACUUCCACGGCCCUUUAAUCUCUUUAAUCCUGCCCGCCAAACUUGAAUAAUAAUAAUAAUUUUCAGUGUCAUUUCAAUAAAUUGUAAAUACUGUGGGACUUGAAA